AGGGAGAUCAACGCAAGCGCUGUUGGAAGCUGAAGCUUGUUAAGCCUUUGGGUAUUUCCAGUGCAUGUUUAAACAAACAACACACAAAAGCAACAAAUGCCAGAGCUGAGCCUCCGGUGGAGGGGAAACGGAGGAAGUGUUCCUAUUGUAUGGGACAGGCUGAGUCAGACUCAUCACAAUAUCCGGCAGCACUGUGAUGCAGUGGGCUGAAUGAUGGACUUUGCUCUCAUUUGGAGGGCAGUUUUAGUAGCUGGAGGGCCACCCUGAAGAAUUGCAACUGGGAAAACACAGCUCAAGGUCCAGCAAAGAUCCUUUCAGCCCCUCAAACUGGUGGCCCCGCAUCCUCCCAGCCACCCACCACGGCGGAGUCGGUCAAGCCCACCCUCUGUAGAGUCAUCAUCUACUUGCAGAAGGAGAUGUCCGGGGACACCUGCCUGACAGCCCUCUGCCCCACAUCAGGAGCCAAGCCCAAGGGCUGUGGCUUCAAAGCAGGUGCCCCCGGCAACAAGUACGUGCGGCUCAAUGUCGGCGGCUCCCUGUACUAUACCACGGUGCAGGUGCUGACACGACACGACACCAUGCUGAAGGCCAUGUUCAGCGGCAGGAUGGAGGUCCUCUCAGACAAGGAUGGCUGGAUCCUCAUCGACCGCUGUGGGAAACACUUUGGGUCUAUUUUAAAUUAUCUCCGGGACAACACAGUUGCCCUGCCAAAGAACCGACAGGAGAUCAAAGAGCUGAUGGCUGAAGCCAAGUACUACCUCAUCCAGGGUUUGGUUGAGCUCUGCCAAGCAGCCCUUCAGGACAAGAAAGAAUCCUACAGGCCUGUCUGCAACAUCCCUGUCAUCACGUCCCCCAAAGAAGAGGAGAGACUCAUAGAAUCUGCCAUGAAGCCUGUGGUGAAGCUGCUUUACAACAGGAGUAACAACAAAUAUUCAUACACAAGCAACUCCGAUGACAACUUACUGAAGAAUAUAGAACUGUUUGAUAAGCUUUCCCUCCGCUUCAAUGGGAGAGUCCUCUUCAUCAAAGAUGUGAUUGGGGAUGAGAUCUGCUGCUGGUCUUUCUACGGUCAGGGACGCAAGCUGGCUGAAGUCUGCUGCACCUCCAUAGUUUAUGCUACAGAGAAAAAGCAAACCAAGGUGGAAUUCCCUGAGGCCCGCAUCUAUGAGGAAACGCUGAACGUUUUGCUGUAUGAGACCCCCAGAGUACCUGACAACUCCCUUUUGGAAGCGACAAGCCGGAACCGAAGCCAGGCUUCCCGGAGUGAAGACGAGGACGGCAGCUUCGAGUUGCGCGACCGGGUCCGACGCAUCCACGUGAAGCGAUACAGCACUUACGAUGACCGCCAGAUGGGCCACUAGAGACUACAAGGCACGGCUUUGCUGGGGAGUUUUUCUGUCUUCGAAGCACAGGCCUGUGCUGUUCCUGGGUUGGCCUUUCUCUCUCACAGAUUGGAAGUGGGCUCAGAGGCCGACUUGGCUUUAGUUUCAGCAAGAUUCCCACUUCAUGUCGUAGGAGGCCUGCAGUGCCCAGUGCCAGCUGGUAUAAACCAUUUUUAGUUUUAGGCACUAUUUUUUUCUUUUUCAAAGAAGUGCAUCUUUUCUAGAAGCUGACACCUUAUUCUACUUUAAGAAAGAGGCCAUUAAUUCCUUUUCCAGAUUCAAGAUUGGUGCUUGCAGAGGAACUUUCUCAAGCAGAGUGCCUCUAACUCUGCUUGGAGAACUCUUUUUUCUUUUUCAUUUUUAAAAUCCAGAUGCUGAGGACAAUGAAUGUGUUCUGAAACACUACAGCUUCGUAGCCAUGCGUCUCCUUUUGUUACGAAACUCUCCUUGCGUGGCGACUUCUUUUCUUUGUUUCUCUCCGAUGGAUGCGAUGCUGCAUUUGGUGCAGCCUGAAGCUGGGAGAAGUUGGAAUGUCCUUUGGUGCAAUAUUUGCAGCUUGGUGCCAGAGAACUGAAAAACUCCAUGGGAAUCUCUGCCAACAUUUGUAUCUGAUGGGAAAUUGGAACUGAAGGGGAUGGUGACAUGACACAAAUUGCCUUCUCUGGAUCCUUUCACCCAAUUGCUUGUAGAUUUGACGGUUUGUGUAUUGUGAAUGGGGAUGGUUUUCAUAUGGUCAACUUGCAUCAUGGAAUCUUGGACCUUUUGUUUUUGACCACAUUUGCUAAAGGCAAGAAGAGAAAAGGCACUAAGAAGGGCAAAAUCCUCUCAGGCCUAUGGACAGGAGCGGCAGUGAGGUGGGAGUGGGAAGCAGGUCAACUGGUGAAGCCUGGAAUGUACUGGAAUAACCCAGAAUAAUGUAUUUCUGAUAAAUGAUUUUUGUCAGCUGA